CAACACCACAGUUCAGAAGCAUCAGUUCUUCAGCCCUCACCUUUCUUUAUGGUCCAACGAAGAAUAACCAGAAUUCAACAAAUAGAAAAGGACAUACUUCGUAUACGACAGCUUUUACAGUCCCAAGCAACCGAAGCAGAGAGGUCAUCUCAGAGCAAGCAUGAAGCUGUCUCACAUGAAGCUGAACAGCAGAAUGAAGGUCAAGGAGUGGCAGAAAUCAACAUGGCAACUGUGGGUAGCGGUCAGGGGUCAAGUACACAAAUAGAUCAUGAAACAGCCAGUGUUUUGAGCUCUAGUAGCACACAUUCUGCUCCUCGAAGGCUGACCAGUCAUCUGGGAACCAAGGUGGAAAUGGUGUAUUCAUUGUUGUCAAUGCUUGGUACUCAUGAUAAGGAUGAUAUGUCGCGAACUUUGCUAGCUAUGUCUAGCUCGCAAGACAGCUGUAUAUCCAUGCGACAGUCUGGAUGUCUUCCUCUCCUCAUCCAGCUUUUACAUGACAGUGACAAAGACUCUGUGUUGUUGGGAAAUUCCCGGGGCAGUAAAGAGGCUCGGGCCAGGGCCAGUGCAGCACUCCACAACAUCAUUCACUCACAGCCUGAUGACAAGAGAGGCAGGCGUGAAAUCCGAGUCCUUCAUCUUUUGGAACAGAUACGAACUUACUGUGAAACCUGUUGGGAGUGGCAGGAAGCCCAUGAACAAGGCAUGGACCAGAACAAAAAUCCAAUGCCAGCUCCUGUUGAACAUCAGAUCUGUCCUGCUGUGUGUGUUCUAAUGAAACUUUCGUUUGAUGAAGAGCAUAGACAUGCAAUGAAUGAACUUGCAAGUGAUUGGUUUCCAGAGAAGACAAUGUCCUAAGUGACAGAAACUGCUACCUUUUUAUAGCCUAACUUGGGUUUUUAAAAUCUUAGCCAGAGAUGGGCAAAAAUAAAUAAAUAAAUGGGCAAAAAAAAAAGUAAUUUUUCUUUUGAAAUUAAAUACAGUCAGAUGCCUAGCAUCUCUCCUACUCCCAAUGCUGUUAACAAAGUAUAAACAAAUCACCAAUCAUUCCAGUAAUUCUGUAAUUUUAGAGAUUUUUAAUAAUAAAUUUCAGUCAGUUAAUUAGAAAGCACUAUA